GGGAGCUGCUUCUUUUGCUCUCCUUUUUGUUUUACGAACAUUGUUGCACUUGUUUUAAGAAGACGCUGCGCACUUUUCGAGAUGCCCGUGUAGACACGGUCCCCGUGGUGUCCGCGUUCAGCUCCGGCGGAGGGAAACUGCAGUCGGAAGGUUGUUGAAUUAACUCUCCUCCAAAAAAAAAUACUUCUCGCUGAUCAGGCUUGGACAUCACCGUAAACACCGAUCGGCAAAAACAAACACGCCAAUUAAAAAAAUAUAUAUAUAUAUUUCCCCGGACGUGAAAAGAUGGAGAGCUGGAUCUCGCUGUGAGGAAGGAUGACUUCUUGUUUUGUACCGAACGGGGCCAGCUUGGAGGAUUGCCAUUCCAAUCUAUUCUGUCUGGCUGACCUGACAGGAAUCAAAUGGAAGAGGUUUGUGUGGCAGGGUCCCACCUCUGCCCCCUUCCUCUUCCCGGUGACCGAGGAAGACCCCAUCCUGUGCAGCUUCAGCCGCUGCCUGAAAGCUGACGUGCUGAGCGUGUGGCGGCGCAGCCAACGGCAGGGCUGGAGGGAGCUAUGGCUCUUCUGGUGGGGGGACGAGCCGAACUUCGCUGACCUCAUCCACCACGAGCUUGCAGCCGAGGACGAUGGUCAGUGGGAGAACGGCCUUUCCUACGAGUGUCGCACUCUGCUGUUCAAAGCCAUCCACAACUUGCUGGAGCGCUGCCUCAUGAACCGCAGCUUUGUUCGCAUCGGCAAGUGGUUCGUCAAACCCUACGAGAAGCACGAGAAGCCCAUCAACAAGAGUGAGCACCUGUCCUGCGCCUUCACCUUUUUCUUACACGGUGAUAGUAAUGUAUGCACCAGUGUGGAGAUCAACCAGCACCAGCCCAUCUACCAUCUAACAGAGGAGCACCUCGCUCUGGCCCAGCAGGCGUCCAGCCCAUUUCAAGUGAUCCUGAGUCCGUUUGGCUUAAAUGGGACGCUAACUGGCCAAUCAUUCAAGAUGUCAGAUCCUCCCACACAGAAACUGAUUGAGGAGUGGAACCAGUUUUAUCCCAUCAGCCCCCGUGCCAAGGAGGGUGUUUCUGAAGACAAGGCUGAGGACAUGGACUGGGAGGAUGACUCUCUGGCCUCUGUUGAGGUCCUCGUUGGUGGUGUGCGAAUGAUCUACCCAGCCUGCCUGGUCCUGGUACCUCAGUCUGAUCUCCCCGUCUUGGCCCCUGUGGGGUCCUCCCACUGCACUGCCGUCUACUCGGGUGGCCACCAAGUGCCUGCUUCCCAGCGAGAGCCUGCCAUGUCUUUGGUGACCCUCACCCCUCCCACGUCACCUGAGGAGGCGCACACAGUGGACACUCACUCGGCCCAGAAGUGGGUAAAGAUCCCUUCAUCGUCUGACGCGUUCAGCGUGGACAGAACGAGUCACCACGGAGGAAAGAUUCCACGCCGGCUGGCCACUCAGGUGGUGGAGCAUGUCUGGCAAGAGUGCAAUAUCAACCGAGCCCAGAACAAGCGGAAGUUUUCAGCUGCGACCAAUGGUACCUGUGAGGAGGAGGUGACAGAGAAAUUAGGAGCUUGGGAUUUUGUGGUGCCUUCGCAGAAGUCUUACUGCAGCUGUUCCAGACACAAAUCAGUAAAGCAACGAACAGGCAGCACUCCAGGCCUGACCCAGUCAGCAGGCCAGCCCCCCCAGACUCCAACCAAGCACAAAACUGGAGGAGAAAAGCCUGAAAAAAGUGAAAAGCAACAGAAGAGACCCCAAACCUCUUUCCAUCAUCGCAGCCUGACCAGUGAUGAAACCUCCAUCGAGACAGAAGCAACAGUUGGCCAAAGGCUGUCCAUAAGGGGUCAGGAUGGAGGAAGGUUUCGCUCCACAGAUGUCGCUGCCAUCUCUAAAGCCCCCCAGCUCCACAGUGGAGCAAUCAGCACCAGGCCUGCAGAACAGCCCAACUCCCCACAACCUCCACCACUUAGCCCCCACCCCUGCGAGCGUCCCGAGGAGUCAGGGGAGGGCAUUAAGAACCCUUCAACCCCCAACAGCCAACACUUUUAUCAGCUACCGUCAGAGCCCUGCCUGGUCGGGGUGAAGGGUGGCAGCGAGGAGCCCGGAGGACCCGAGUGUCUAAAUCAGCACUUCCACCCUCACCCUCAUUCUGCAACCUCUGCCUACCCUGAGCCUCCUGAGCCCACUGUGUAUGUGGGCACAGCCAUACACCAGGAGGAUGACGGCUCCCACACACCGUGGAGGUUAUACAACCUGCCCCGCAGGAAAGACGCUGAGCUGCCCACGCCACUGCUGCCUGGGGACAAGCUGAGAGACGAGGCCUCUGCAGCACAGGACCUGGUGUCAGUCACAGAGCUGAUGUCGUCAUCUAAAGGGCCACUAAAGGUGUCUGAGGGGCGUGUUCAAAUGUAUAGAGCCAGGAGGAACCAGUACCUGUCUGCUGUUGUAACCGAUGGAGAUCAUGAGCCUGAAGUGGACCCCUAUGACUUUGAGGAUGGAGAGGUCAAGUUCACGUUCUCCAGUAAAAAGGAUAAAGCCGGAGGAGAGCGCGAGCCCGGCAAGAAACAUAAGGGGGAAGAUGGAGACACUGGUCUCUCUGAUGAAUCUCAGCGUGCGGCUGCAAACAACCGCAUGACCUCCACCAGCCUGAUGCACGAGACGGAUCUGGUGGUUUCCAUCAACGACCUGGAACACCUUUUCAACUCAGACGAGGAUGAGAACGGCCCCAGACGACAAGCGAACGGAACUGAUGAGAACUCGAGCUACAAGGAACAAAAGCCAUCCAUUUUGGACCCAGUGUCUUGCAUUGGUUCAGACUGGCCUCAUAUGUUUCCCACGCCCCCCUCCCUGGAGCAGCACACCAUGGGCUACUCACCCAUGAACAUGUGCAGCAAGGAGUACAGCAGCAUGGAGUCCAACCUGGGCAUGACCUCCCUGGACGGCACCUCAACUCUGGGAGGCGACUUCAAGAUCGAAGUGGAGGAGAGCUUCUGCAGCCCCAAGCCAUCUGAGAUCAAGGAUUAUUCUUUUGUGUUCAAGCCAGAGCUGUGUCAGGCGUUUGUAGGCUGCUCCAUGUUUGCCCCUCUGAAGACGCUGCCCAGCCAGUGUCUCCCGCCCGUCAAAGUACCAGAGGAGUGCGUGUACCGGCCCAUCUGGACCGUGGGCAGGGAGCUGGGGAACCCAGUGCCUGUGAUGAACUUCCUCAGCAAAGACAGUAAUGUCCCCAGUGUGGGCAGCACCAUGGACCAGGAGUACAACCAGACCUACACCCCUCAGACCCACACUCCCUUUAUGUCCAACAGUGCUCCACCCAGCAACAGUGCCAUCGGCAUCCUGCCCUCGCCUGCCACACCGCGCUUUUCAGCCCCCACCCCACGCACGCCUCGCACCCCGCGCACACCUCGAGGCCCCUCGAGUGUUCAAGGCUCGUUAAAAUACGAGAAUUCUGACCUGUACUCACCAGCGUCCACACCGUCCACAUGCCGACCUCUGAACUCUGUAGAGCCCGCCACAGUGCCCUCCAUCCCUGAAGCCCACAGCCUCUACGUCACGCUCAUCCUCUCCGAGUCAGUCAUGAACUUCUUCAAGGACUGUAACUUUGACAGCUGCUGCAUCUGCGUGUGCAACAUGAAUAUAAAAGGAGCUGAUGUGGGCGUGUACCUGAGCGACCCGGUCGGUGAGGCCCAGGAGCCGUGCAGCUGCGGCUUCAGCGCCGUGGUCAACCGGCGUUACGGGAAUAGCUCGGGGCUCUUCUUGGAGGACGAGCUGGACAUCAUCGGCCGCGGCUCGGAUGUCAGCAGGGAGGCAGAAAAACGCUUCGAGGAGCUGCGGCUCUCUUCGCUCGAGAAAUAUGGAGUUGGAAGAGGGGACCGUGUCCCGGACGAGCUGAUUCUGCUGCUGCAGGACCAGUGCAUGAAUCCAUUUUCACCUAUUUCAAUAGUGGAGACUGACACGGCGACGCGGGGGCCGAGCAGGGCCCCUGUACCCCCCUGUGUAAGGGUGGAGGAGAGGGACUACCACAGCGACUGCUACAUGGCGCUGGAGCACGGCAGGGAAUUCAUGGACAACAUGUCGGGCAUUAAGGUGGACAAGGCGUUGGUGAAGAGCACCUGCCUGCACCCCUGGGACAAACAAAACGCCGUGGACGUCAGCUCACUGUGCUCUCAGGAUGUGCUGCGGGUGCUGAUGUCGCUCCAGCCUGUACUGCAGGACGCCAUCCAGAAGAAAAGGACGGUGCGGUCGUGGGGCUUUCAGGGUCCUCUCACCUGGCAGCAGUUCCACAAGAUGGCCGGACGUGGCUCUUACGGCACAGACGAGUCUCCCGAGCCCCUCCCCAUCCCCACCUUCCUGGUGGGUUACGAGUAUGACUUUGUGGUUCUGUCUCCAUUUGGGCUGCCCUACUGGGAGAAGCUGCUGCUGGAUCCGUUUGGCUCUCAGCGGGACAUUGGGUAUCUAGUUGUUUGUCCGGACAACGAAGCCUUGCUCAGCGGCUCGAAAAGCUUCUUCCGAGACCUCUCUGCUGUCUACGAGGCCUGUCGCCUGGGACAACACCGGCCCAUUUCCAGAGGCUACCCUGAUGGCAUAGUGCUUGUUGGGGGCACUGCAGCCAAGACCCUAGCAGACCAGCCAGUCAGUGAGUGGUUCCUCAAGGCUGCCAGCAGCAACGACGACGCCUUCACCAAGCUCAAGCUCUACGCACAAGUGUGCCGCCACAGCCUCGCGCCAUACCUCGCAUCACAGACGUUAGACGGUUCCCUCCUCGCACAGCCCAGCGCUCCCCCCUCAUCCAGUCAGACGUCACAACAGUCUAGCUCCUCCUCCAGCACAGCCAGCCAGCAGGGCUCCUCUGUGUCCAACAGCAGCAGCGGUUCUGGAAACGGCUCUGCGUCGUCCAACAACCACACAGCCUCUUCAUGCCAACCUGGCAGCACAGUCUCAUCUGGCAAGCCCAAUUCAUUCCCCCCCUUUGGAAGCAUGGGAAGCCAGAGUGGGCAGCUGGGACAGCAGGCUGGUUCCCAGAAUGCUGCCACCUCAGGGGACAACUCCAACAGCCAGGCCCAGGGGCCCACAGAGCCACCUGAAAGCACUUUGGAGCGGGAGAAGGUAGGCGUGCCCACAGACGGGGAGUCCCACGCUGUGAUGUAUCCGCCCGCCAUCGUUGUUUACAUUGUGGACCCCUUCAGCUAUGAGGAGUCCGACGGAGGCUCGGGCCCUGCUCCAGCCCAAUCCAGUGUGUGGACGCUGGGUUUGCUCCGCUGUUUCCUGGAGAUGCUUCACUUUCUGCCCCCACAUAUCCGCAACUCUAUUUCUGUGCAGAUUGUCCCAUGCCAGUAUUUGCUUCAGCCUGUACGAGGUGAAGACCGUCAAAUCUACGCACAGCACCUCAAAUCUCUAGCGUUCUCUGUCUUCACUCAGUGCCGACGGCCUCUGCCCACCUCCACCAACGUCAAGUCUUUAACUGGUUUCGGCCCAGGCUUGGCCAUUGACACGGCACUGAGGAGCCCCGAGGGCGCGGAGGAAAAAGGGGUCGGUUCGUCGACUCGGCCUGCAGAAGCUGUGGGAUUGGUGCUUGGGCCUGGUGCAGACGACAUCAAUUCCCUGGAGAGUGGUGAUUGGUCGAUUAGGCAGGAUGGGGCACGGAGAGUUAAAAGACUGGAACGUUCUGUUGAGCCGAGGAAACCUGCAGUCGCUCAGUCGGCGUCUGAAGGAAAUGUGUCGAAUGUGUGGAAUCUCUGCCUCUGACACUCCCAGCAUCCUCAGUGUGUGCUUGGUCGCCAUGGAGCCGCAGGGAUCCUUUAUCAUCAUGCCAGACUCGGUGUCGACAGGCUCCGUGUUUGGCCGGAGCACCACCUUAAACAUGCAGACCUCGCAGCUCAGCACCCCACAGGACACCUCCUGUACCCAUAUCCUGGUUUUUCCCACCUCUGCCUUCGUUCAAGUUGCCAGCUCUAAUUACACCAACAUCGACACCAACAUCGACAUUCUGAACGCCACCACUGAUGGGUCUGAUGCCAUCGGGAUCUUCGAACUGCUGGACCAGAACGAGUUAGUGGACCCAGACAUCAUCAACAUUUCACCCACCACCUCACCCGUACACUCCCCUGGCUCUCAUUACCACCACGGAGGGUAUUGCAGUAAGGGGCAGAGCACAGACCGCAUGGAGUCUCACGAGGAGGUUCAAAACCUCCUGCAGCAGCCUCUGGCACUUGGCUACUUUGUGUCUACAGCCAAGGCUGGCCCACUACCUGACUGGUUCUGGUCGGCUUGUCCACAGGCUCAGAACCAGUGUCCACUCUUCCUCAAGGCGUCUUUGCACCUCCAUGCGUCUUCAUUGCAGUCAGAUGAACUACUGCAUAGCAAACACUCCCACCCCCUCGACUCCAAUCAGACCUCAGACGUACUCAGAUUCGUACUGGAGCAGUACAACGCUCUCUCCUGGCUCACGUGCGACCCGGCGACGCAGGACCGGCGAUCGUGUCUGCCCAUCCACUUUGUGGUGCUCAACCAGAUGUACAACUUCAUCAUGAACAUGUUGUAGCCCUCGGCCUGUUGCUGGAGCAACACGGGGCAAACAUUUCAGAGAAGAGCAGAGUGGCUGCUUCAAGCGGUGCGCUCUCACACGAGGAGAACCGCAGAGAGCAGAGCUGAUCCUCUACCACAACUGGACUGCGUGGAUGAGUGAAGCCUGUCGGGCUCCAUCCCUCGCUGCUCGACACAGUCCUGUCCCUGUGACCCAACGAGACAUUCACAUGAGAACAAGGGAAUGAAGACGAGAGGACAACCAGAACUGAACGUGACGAAACGAUAGAUUGAUUAUGGUGUCUCCACUGAAGAGUCUAUCUUUAAAGUUAUUGGAAGAAAAGGGACAUAUUUGAUCUUGGAGGGGAAAAUGGAAAAAAAAUAAACCUCAAGAAAGGAUUUAUGGUUUUAAAACAUAAAUUUCCUUUUUAAUGCUUUGGAUGAAAUAGCGUCCAAAUAAAUGCCUGCAUCUAUCUUAUUUAUUGUAAGUUUUUAAAUGUAUAAUUUGUCUUAUUUCUUACCUUCUUUUAUAUAUAAAAAUGGAGGUUUAUAUUGCCUACCUGCUUUAAAGCAAUUGGUUUAAGAUAUACGUAAUCGUCUUAAUAAAACAACCAGGAAAAAAACAGAACAUAAAAAUGAAAUAAAGUCCCAGUAGGUCGCUUUUAGAGUAUUAUUUUUUUGUAAUGGAGACAGAAUAUUUGUAUUGUCACAUUGUACAGAAGAAUUUGAGUGCAGAGUUAUGAUCCAUGCCUUUGAGCAUGAAGGACUUGCAGCAAAGCUGUAGCUACAGAGGACUUGUACAGCAAUGAGCUUCACUGUGUUCAAAUAAAGAGGUACAUUGUUGUAUAUGAUAUUUUAUACCACACAUUUAGACACAAAAAACAAACUGCAAUAUAUAAAUAAAUAUAUAUGAACGCCAUGCC